CCAGAAUCUCCCUCUCCCUCUCUACAUUUGAGACUUCCCUCGCUCAAAGCUUUGAUACAGUUUCAAUUCCGUCCAAGACAAUGCUGACCAUGGCCGUAGAACCCAAGGUCAGCGCCGCUCUCGUGCAGCGCCCGCCGUUCCUCUGCUCGGACGUUGUCUCGAAGCCGUCCAGAGCUUCGUUCUUCGCCGCGAGGAAGACCGGGCGUUGUGCUGGACUCAAAGUGGGUCGUUGCGGGUCGAGAGGAAUCAGAAUCUCGGCGGUAUCCGCGGCCGCCGAAGCGGUCGCCGCGGAGGAGACGCCGGCGGCGGACUCUUCCCCGGAAGUCGUGCAGGACAAGGAGAAGCUUGGAGUGGUUGUAAAGCCAAUGGAUAAACCCAGACUUGUCUUGAAGUUUAUUUGGAUGGAGAAGAACAUUGGGAUUGCACUAGAUCAAAUGAUACCUGGUCACGGCACAAUUCCGUUGAGUUCCUACUACUUUUGGCCAAGGAAAGAUGCGUGGGAGGAGCUUAAGGUCUUACUCGAAAGCAAACCAUGGAUUUCACAGAAGCAGAUGAUUAUUCUUCUUAAUCAGGCUACUGAUAUCAUUAAUUUGUGGCAACAGAGUGGUGGUGAUUUAUCGUAAGCUGUAGCAGUAGCAUACUGGAGUCUGUAUUUCUGUGGUCUAUUUGAUUUUACCGGUUGUUAUAUCCAAAUUAGCCAAGUUUCAUCUAAUCCGGAACACUUGUAGCUUCUGUUAAUGUGUAUUCUUCCUGUUGUAUCAGCCUAUCAGGUUCUGUUUAAUUACGUAUCUUAUUUGAGGUAAAGUUGAGAGUGGAGCAUAAUGCAUUGGGUUCGAUACUAUACAAAAUUCCUGCUGUAAUAUAUUUUCUACCGCAAA